GAUUUAAGCAACAUCCAGCACAACAGACAUGUCGUCUAAAAAAUCUCGCCUAAUGUUGUAAAUCACAGUGAAAAGAUAUUUUGAUUACAAAACACCCCGCGGCCUCCAAUAAACCAAAGAAAAAGGUCAAUCAAGCUUCCCUUUUGUGGGGAGUUUCUGUGAGCCUCCAAAUCAUGGAGGUGUGUGCAGCGCAAUAUUUUUCCUCCCUCAAUGCAAUUGCGGCUAAAAUUGCAGCAGAUGCAGAGGCUACAGUUGCUUCCUUUGAGCAUCUGUGGAACACCAUGGAACCCCUGGAGAAGGCAUCAACACUCACGGAUGCUCUCAUUGAACCGGAAGUUGUGCUAAAAUACCUCCGGAUGGCGCAGGAGCCACCGCAUGUGGAUAAGAGUGAACUACAGCAACCAGCAAAUAAUCAGGAUGAGCACGGAGCUCCAUUUCUGUGGCACACCCGUAGUCAAUUAGAUCUAGUAAAUCUGGCUCAAGCUUCACCCUGUGGGGCACUUCUAGGUGCUCCCACAACAAAGCAACCAACCAGAUUCCCAGCCAAAGUCUCAAAGCCCAAGGCCCCACCUCCACCACCCCCCAAGGCAAAGCCACAGCAACAGGCCACGACGUGCAAUGAGAAAUCUCACGCAGUUGUCAUUUCAUCGGGAAUCCCCAAUGAUGACACAGAAGCCCUCGUGGUUACAACAGAGGAGGAGGAUGAUGAACCAGAGGAACGUAUUUCAGCUCAUAGCCCAGCAACGGAGGAGAAAUCUCUGCUCUAUGAAUACUCAGCAAAGGCCGAUUAUGACUUCCUCAACAACUGGUAGAGCUUCAAUUAUAUACAAUACUCCUCCCACAUAAUAUAAUACAUAAUAUAUCAAUAUUUAUACGCGAUCUCUUUUCUACCAAUAAACUAGUGAACAAAAAAUCCUUAAAAA